AUGAAAAAGGCUCAAGAUCGUCAGAAAAGUUAUGCGGACAAGAGACGGAGACCUUUGAGAUUUGAUGCGGGUGAUCAUGUGUACUUGAAGGUGACUCCGAGACUUAGGUUGAAGGGACCAUUCAAGGUUCGUAAACUUAGUCCGAGGUAUGUGGGACCUUAUCAGAUCAUGAAACGGGUAGGUGAAGUGGCGUAUCAGUUGGCAUUACCUCCUUCACUAUCCGGGCUGCAUGAUGUCUUCCAUGUAUCUCAGCUACGGAAGUUCGUACCAGAUCCGUUUCAUCCUAUCCUUUCCGAUGCCGUGGAGAUAGAGCCCGACCUUCCUUUCCAACCUCAACCGGCUCGUAUCUUGGAGUACGCUAGCAAGUCAUUAAGGAAUAAGGAGAUACCGCUUGUGAAGGUGUUGUGGGAAGAAUCUCGCCCGGAGGAAGCCACUUGGGAGCUUGAAGCAGAGAUGCGAGAGUCAUAUCCACAUCUUUUCUGGUAA